AUGAGAGCUUUAACUUUAACCUUGCUCCUUACACUCUUACCAUGUUUAGCACACUCAAGGGUCAUUCAGUUUUAUGUUGAACCAACACAGAAACUGAUGCCAACCUACUUCCAGCAAUUGGUUAUAGGAAACAUCAGUAAGAUUGAUCAGGGAAUAAAAAUGACGGCUUCAGUUACUAUUAUCUUUGAUGGUGGGUAUUAUGUGGUUGUCGAUUCUCCUUCCGCCACAAAUCUAAACGCUAAGGAAUUACUUUUGAGAGGAAUCGCCGCCAAGAACAUUUCUCCUGGCGAAGUCCAAUUUGUUGUGACAACACACGGUCAUCCCGACCAUUUUGGACAGGGAAAUUUUUUCCCGAAUGCCAGACACUUCUUCGGAAGCUAUGAGUACACAGAUGACAACUUCAUUAGCACCGAGUUGAGAGAGAAUAACACAAUGAAGAUAACUCGAAACAUAGAGUUGUGGAAUACUCCUGGACAUACAUCCCAGGAUGUCUCUGUGAUGGUUCACAAUACCCCAUGUUGUGGAACUGUUGCAGUUGUGGGCGACUUGUUUUACAACGAAGAAGAUGCUAAGAGUGGAACCGAAUGGUAUGAAGAUGCAUGGAAUCCCUUGAUUGGUCAAAUGAACCGAGAAAAGGUUCUUUGUUAUGCCGAUUACAUUGUCCCUGGUCAUGGAAAAGCCUUCAAAGUCACGCCAGAAAUGAAACAGAACUGCUCAGAGCCUCCAUUGUCUUUAAAUAUCCAAUUUGCUGAAACUGGAGAAACGAACAAAACGAAUAAAAUUGAAAUGACAACCUCUACGAUGAACAUAACGAUGAACAUAACGACUACCACUACGACUUCAACCGAAUCUCCAUUUACCACAACUCCCCAUGUUGUAACAGUCGACCAAAUAUUAGAGCUUCAAGCUCCGCUUGAAACCAAACCAUUGGAGGAUAUUGCGAAGAAGAUGGAAAAUUGGGAAUUUUUGAACGAUGAAACAAACCGAAUGCUUGAUACUUAUUAUCCAAAAGUUGAACUACCAGUAGCAUUGGAGCAGACAGCGAAGAAAUCUGACUCUGUGCUGUCAAACGUGAUUGAAAACGCUUUCAGAAAGUUUAAAAGCAAUGUUGAAUCAUUAGAAUCUGCCUGGGAGGCUAUUCAGAAAGGGCUAGGAUCAUUUGGAACGAACAAUCAGCAACUGAUUGAGAGCUCGAAGAAGCUGUUGAACACAAUUCAUUAA